UUCCCGGGGCGCGCGGCUGGGCGGCACCGCGGCGGCGGCCUGCGUCCGCGGACCCGGAGCGGAGGACCGGCGGGGGCAGCCCUGCGGACCCAGCAUGAGUGAAGUUCCUUGCAAAAAGCGUGAUGACUACUUGGAGUGGCCUGACUAUUUCAUGGCCGUGGCCUUCCUAUCGGCACAGAGAAGCAAAGAUCCAAAUUCGCAGGUCGGAGCCUGCAUCGUGAACGCAGAAAACAAGAUCGUGGGCAUCGGGUAUAACGGAAUGCCAAAUGGGUGCAGCGAUGACGCGUUGCCUUGGAGUCGGACAGCGCAGAGUAAGCUGGAUACCAAAUACCCUUAUGUGUGCCACGCCGAGCUGAACGCCAUCAUGAACAAAAACUCGGCUGACGUGAAAGGCUGUACCAUGUAUGUCGCCUUGUUCCCGUGUAAUGAAUGUGCUAAGCUCAUCAUCCAGGCAGGUAUAAAAGAAGUUAUUUUCAUAUCUGAUAAGUACCACGAUAGCGAUGAGACGAAAGCCGCGAGGCUCCUGUUUGACAUGGCUGGGGUGGCCUUCAGGAAAUUCACACCAAAGUGCAGCAAGAUUGUCAUUGACUUUGAUUCAAUUAACAGCAGACCGAGCCAGAAGCUUCAGUGAGUUACAUCUCAUUAAAUCUCCAAAAGAUUGGGAUUAUCCUCUUCUAAGAAGCUGCUAAUGCCUUUCAUCUUGAAGUCACACAUAACUUUUUAAUAGCCAGGACAGCAAAAGUAGACCUCUCACGAAUAGAAAGCCUCCAAUCUUCCCGGGUCUCUCUUGUCACAUGGAAUCUGCAUCUGUUUAAACCAUUGAUUUGGGGUUUAAAGGACAGAAGCCUGUAGAUGGCCUGCCGCACAAGGCAGGAGUGGGGUGCCUUCCCCUAUGUGUGCCCGUUUGCCGGGACACUGGUGGCUCUUCUGAUUCCACAGCUGCUCCCCGCGCUACAGGUGCUAGAAGGACAAAUAAAUAAUUGCUCUUGUGUUACUGGCAGGAUGAUCAGACACACUGAUUU